AAAGAUCAACGGGUGUUGCUCCUACCUUCAGCUUCUCGCGCGCAAACGUGAGUUGUAUGGUGGUGCACUUUUCAAUCUUAAAUACUGUACUGUUCUGGUUACUCUGCCUCACACACACGCCGUCAUAUUUCCCGCGAGGUGACCUGACUAAGGACAGACAACUGAAGCACCAAGAUGGCAGAGCGGCCUGAGGACCUCAACCUGCCCAAUGCUGUCAUCACACGCAUCAUCAAGGACAUGUUACCUGAGGGUGUGGCUGUGGCCAAGGAGGCGCGUUGUGCAAUUGCCCGUGCUGCCUCAGUGUUUGUGCUGUUUGCUACCUCAUCAGCAAACAACUUGGCUCAGAAACACAAGAAGAAGACAGUCAGUGCUCAGGAUGUGUUCUCGGCCUUGAAGGAGAUGGAGUUUGAUAAAUUUAUUGAGCCAUUGCAAGAGAGUUUAGAAGUUUAUAAAAAAUCUCAGCAAAAUAAAAAAGAACAGAAGGAAGCAAAGGCCAAAGCAAAAAAAGCUGAAGAAGCAGAGAAAAACUCAAGCACUGUGGAAGAGAACAGUGAGGAUGCCGACAUGUCCAACACGAUGGAGACUUCAUUGUCGAAGAAAGAAAAUGAUGAUGUGAUGGAAAUAGCAGAAUAAUAUCUGAAAUAUAUUGCCAAUAGUUGUAAGACCAUUUGUAAAUGAGCUUUUUAUAUGUAUGUGUUUUAAAAUAUUUUUUAACUUUAACUGUUAUAGUAUAUUUUGGUCGAAUUAAGUAAUGAUAAGUACAGUGUCUUGAAUGAGGAAUAAUGUUUUGUUUGGAUUUUUUAUAGUAGUUAUGUCAUCAUCAUCCUCUUAAAGUUUCCAGUCUCCAGUAGACAGGAUGAGCUUACUGGUAAUGUUCAGUGCUCAUUGAUGGCCUGUGAGUGCUUGUUCAAGCAGUGUGAUUUGUGGAGCAUUGGAAUGGGUGAAGAGGAACACUGAGAUCAUUUGGCAAUAUUGAGAAGAUUGUAAAGAAAGUGUUUGUGGGUGAAACUGAAGCUGCUGAUAGGAAGGCCACUUGAAGGAUGGAAGAGAUUUGAAAGAGUAGUUAAUAGAGGCCAAAAACUUAAACAAGCAAGAAAAGAAUGGUUGGAUAGGAGGAGGUGGAGGCUUUACUGCUCUGGCCACCCCUCCUGGGAGGUGCCCUGGAGAGAGCAAGGCAUCAAAGAGAGAGAUUGGUAGUAUCAGGUAGACAGUCUCACGAGCUACUGUAUGUAAGCUGGUAUCCACAAUAUACCUCUCCCCAUGGGGACCCUGGGGCUAAAAUAUUUUUAAGUGUGUGUGUGUGUGUGUGUGUGUGUGUGUGUGUGUGCGUGCGUGCGUGCGUGCGUGCGUGCGUGCGUGCGUGCGUGCGUGCGUGCGUGCGUGUGUGCGUGCACCUUAAUUAUCUUGGCUACCUCCUAUUAUGAGGAUGUCAGCCUGGUACAUGGAAGGAAAGGAGUCAGAAAGUAAUUGUCAGUGAAGCCACUGAGCCACUCCUGUACCUAGGGUAGUGUGGGGCAAGGAAGACUCCUUAAACAAAAAUGCCUAACCAUCCUAUCCAUAUAAAUAAAAACAAAAGAAUG